AUGCCAGUACCCGAGAUUUUGAUUGAUGAUUUGUUUGUGACAGAGAGGCUCAGAGUGGAGUUUCCGGAUGGAGAAGACGGUGAACCAUCCAUCACGAUAGAGCAGGAGGUGCUGGAAGCGAUGAAUGGGAUGUGGAAGCAGUGUAUGGUGGUUAGGGUUUUGGGAAGGAAUGUCGCGAUUUCGGCCUUAAGUAAGAAACUACGGGAGCUAUGGAACCCAAAAGGAGCAAUGUACGUAAUGGAUCUACCCCGACAAUUCUUCAUGAUUCGUUUCGAAAGGGAAGAUGAGUACUUGACGGCGUUGACGGGUGGUCCAUGGAGGGCUUUUGGUAGUUACCUCAUGGUACGGGCUUGGUCGCCGGAGUUUGAUCCCUUAAAGGAUGAUAUUGUGACGACACCGGUUUGGAUCAGAUUGGCUAAUAUCCCAGUGAAUUUUUAUCAUCGGUCGAUUCUCAUGGGGAUUGCAAAAGGGUUGGGCACGCCAAUUCGAGUGGAUCUCACCACUUUGAACGUUGAAAGAGCAAGGUUUGCGAGAAUUUGUGUGGAAGUGAACCUCGCCAAGCCUCUAAAAGGGACUGUUCUAAUCAAUGGGGAGAGAUAUUUUGUAGCUUAUGAAGGUCUGUCUAAUAUUUGCUCAAAGUGUGGAAUUUAUGGUCACUUGGUUCAUGGAUGUCCGAGGAUUAUUGCGGAAAGAGUGGCUAACCUGAAUAUACAGGUAGCAUCACAACCAAGUACUAGACCUACCACAAGACAAGAUAAGGCAGUGCAGGAAGAUGGGUUUAUUCCGGCAAGAAUUCCAAGGAGAGGAACACAGAUGAUGCCUCGACCGGUGGAGAACGUGAUCGGUGAAACCAGUGGGGAGGCAAACCGGAAACCCCAGGGGACCCCACGAAGCAAGGAAACCGGGAAUAUUUCGUUGUCUAACAAAUAUGGCAGUUUGGAGAUGGAUACGGAUCUGAGUGUAUCACGGGAAGUUAUGGGGUCUGGUGAGGAAAAUAAGGAGAAUCAAGAUUCGAAUAUUGAAAAUACCAAAGAGGAGGAAACCUUGCGAGGGAAGGAAUCUCUAGUCUUUGGCGGGAGAACGAAUUUAAUGAAUCUUUCAAAAGUGGGUCAUAAGGAGAAAUGGGCCGGAAAUAAGAAAAUGGCAGAGGGAGCGAGAGGAAAACCCAAAAAGUUAAGUAAUAGGCCCACUAGAGGUUUGAUUUUUGGCCCGACGAAAGGAGAGAUCAGUCUAUCGGAGUCGGGAAAAAGAUUGCGAGUGGAGAAAGCUGAAGUAGGGAGAGCCGGUGGUGCGUUUAGAGAGGUGGUGGAAGGAAGUGGUUUUACCCCCAGACCUUUGCAGUUACGAGAUGAAGCUCUGGAUAAUCCAAUGGAGAGCAACAUCAGUGAAACGGAGCAAAGACAGAUUACUGCGGUGUCCAACUCGCAGGGAGAUGAAGGGAGCUUGACUCUCGCAUGA